AUGAAAAGUCUGCGCGGCUCCGCGGGCAAGCAAAACCCGCACCAGCAAGAGCCUCAGGCCCAACGCAACCCGGGCGCGACACGAAGAGGACAGAGGUGCAGAAAAGGCGGCACGGCGGCUUCGAAAAGGGUAAGGCGACGAACCAAAAGUCCCGCGUGGGAAACGGAACCGCACCGCACACGAGACGGUGACGCAUCUGCCUGGACGAAGACUGACUCAAAGCGGACAAUACCAUCCCGCGCUCGAAGCGCGGUCAAGCGAUCUCGAGAACGCCGAUCUGGAACGGCGUGGGGACAACUAGCAACAGGAACAAGAACGCACAGCGGAACCGGCCUAAGCACCUCCACCUCCACCACCCGCAACCGAAGCGGACGGCCACGGUCAGAUUGACCGCCACGAAGACCCUCCAGGAGAGGGUCUUUUGGUGGAGACUCGAGCUCGUCUGGACAUCGAGGCGGACCGGUGCUGAAGAAGUUACGGGCGGAGCGGGCCGAAUCGAACGGCCGCCGUGCGGGACAAGAGCACACGUUUGUGCGAAUCGCGUGAGAGCGCGGGGACGCGGAUCGUUCGGCGCUUCCGCGUCGUGGGCCGUCAGGAAGGAUCGAGUCGUGGCUGACUUCGGGGUGACUGCUGUGGGCGAGCGCGGCAGCAUGCAGCAACAGUGAGAAGGAGAGGCGCCAGCGCGCAAGUACCGCUAGUUUUAAGCACAAUUUCACACAAAACAUGAUGUUCCGCAUUUAGAUAGAGCCAGGUUAGGCAAAGUUUGCGAGGUCGCGUAAGCGCAUGUUUGUAUGUUUUGAGAAUCGGUACGCAAUACAGUCAUGAAGUUUA